AUGGCCCAGCCCAAUGCAGAGCCCGUCGAGGAAUAUGACUAUGAAUCGCUACCUCCCAACUUCUCCCUCGUGCAGAACAUGGCUGCCGGGGCGUUCGCCGGCAUAGCGGAGCAUACUGUUAUGUAUCCCAUUGACGCCAUUAAGACCCGAAUGCAGGUCCUCAAUCCCAACCCCUCGGCCGUAUACAACGGCGUCAUUCAAGGCACCUACCGCAUAGCCAGCCGCGAGGGCUUCCUAAGCUUGUGGAGGGGUAUGUCCAGUGUUGUUGCCGGCGCUGGUCCUGCUCAUGCUGUUUACUUUGCUACCUACGAGGCUGUCAAGCAUGUCAUGGGUGGCAACCAGGCCGGUGUUCACCAUCCAUUGGCUGCCGCGACCAGCGGUGCUUGCGCUACGAUUGCUAGCGAUGCGCUGAUGAACCCCUUCGAUGUCAUCAAGCAGCGCAUGCAGAUUCAAGGCUCGGCCAAGAUGUACCGUUCCAUGACCGAUUGUGCCAAGUACGUCUACAAGACGGAAGGGCUGGCGGCAUUCUACGUCUCGUACCCGACCACUCUAUCGAUGACGGUGCCCUUCACCGCUCUUCAGUUCCUCGCAUACGAGUCUAUAUCCACGACCAUGAAUCCGAGCAAAGAUUAUGAUCCUACAACACAUUGUUUGGCUGGCGGUGUUGCUGGCGGGUUUGCCGCCGCCUUGACUACACCUAUGGACGUUAUCAAGACCAUGCUUCAGACUCGAGGAACGGCUAACGACCCGGCACUGAGAAACGUGAAUGGGUUCAUGGCCGGCUGCAGGUUACUGUACGAGCGUGAGGGUUUCCGUGGCUUCUUCAAGGGUGUGCGCCCUCGUGUUGUUACCACUAUGCCCAGCACUGCCAUAUGCUGGUCCGCCUACGAGGCUUGCAAGGCUUACUUCAUUGCGCGAAAUGACAACCCGAGUCCUUGA